GUGAGCAGCAGCUGCAAGAGGCUGAGGAGGAGCAGAGUGCAGGAGCAGGCGGCACUGGCAGGCAAGGAAGGGGGGAAGGAAGCGAACUGCAGGGGUUAGGCGCUUUGCAAUGCAACAGUAACGCCUGUCCUGGUAUUUUUAGUGGGCUCCCAAAAGUGAUCUGGCACCAUGGUGGCCCUGUCCUUGAAGAUCUGCGUCCGCCAGUGCAAUGUGGUGAAGACGAUGCAAUUUGAACCAUCCACUGCAGUGUAUGAUGCAUGUAGAGUUAUUCGUGAGCGAGUGCCUGAGGCUCAAACAGGGCAAGCCUCUGACUAUGGAUUGUUCUUGUCAGAUGAAGAUCCUCGGAAAGGUAUUUGGUUGGAAGCUGGAAGGACACUGGAUUAUUAUAUGCUGCGAAGUGGGGAUAUUUUGGAGUACAAAAAGAAACAGAGACCUCAGAAAAUACGAAUGCUGGAUGGAUCAGUGAAAACUGUUAUGGUGGAUGAUUCUAAAACUGUUGGUGAAUUGCUGGUUACCAUUUGCAGCAGGAUAGGAAUAACCAAUUAUGAAGAGUACUCUGUAAUCCAGGAGAGUGUUGAGGAGAAAAAGGAGGAGGGCACAGGUACACUUAAGAAAGACAGGACGUUGUUACGAGAUGAAAGAAAAAUGGAGAAGUUGAAGGCAAAGCUUCAUACAGAUGAUGAUUUAAACUGGCUAGAUCACAGUCGAACAUUCAGAGAACAAGGAGUUGAUGAAAAUGAAACACUGCUGCUGAGGCGAAAAUUCUUUUAUUCGGACCAGAAUGUAGAUUCGAGAGAUCCUGUUCAGCUAAACUUGCUUUAUGUUCAGGCUCGAGAUGACAUUCUGAAUGGCUCCCAUCCGGUCUCCUUUGAGAAGGCUUGCGAGUUUGGAGGCUUUCAAGCACAAAUCCAGUUUGGACCUCAUGUAGAGCACAAACACAAACCUGGAUUUUUAGAUCUGAAAGAAUUCCUGCCUAAAGAAUACAUCAAACAAAGAGGAGCUGAAAAGAAAAUAUUUCAGGAACACAAGAACUGUGGAGAGAUGACUGAAAUUGAAGCCAAAGUGAAGUAUGUGAAACUAGCACGCUCCCUCAGGACAUAUGGAGUGUCCUUUUUUCUUGUUAAGGAAAAAAUGAAGGGCAAAAACAAGCUUGUUCCUCGUUUGCUGGGCAUCACCAAAGACUCAGUGAUGCGUGUGGAUGAGAAGACCAAGGAGGUGUUGCAGGAAUGGCCACUGACAACUGUGAAGCGCUGGGCUGCCUCUCCAAAAAGCUUUACUCUGGAUUUUGGUGAAUAUCAAGAAAGUUACUACUCAGUACAAACCACUGAAGGAGAACAGAUCUCUCAGCUAAUUGCAGGUUACAUUGAUAUCAUAUUGAAGAAGAAACAAAGUAAGGAUAGAUUUGGGCUUGAAGGUGAUGAGGAAUCAACAAUGUUGGAAGAAUCCGUGUCACCUAAGAAAUCUACCAUCCUGCAGCAGCAGUUCAACCGAACUGGGAAGGUAGAACAUGGCUCAGUGGCAUUGCCUGCUGUGAUGCGUUCAGGCUCAAGUGGCCCGGAGACUUUCAAUAUUGGCAGCAUGCCUUCUCCCCAGCAACAAGUCAUGAUUGGGCAAAUGCACAGAGGCCACAUGCCUCCCCUGACCUCAGCACAGCAGGCCUUGAUGGGGACUAUUAAUACUAGUAUGCAUGCUGUACAGCAGGCACAGUCCGACCUCAAUGAAGUUGAUAACCUGCCACCUCUAGGACAAGAUAUGGCAUCGAGGGUAUGGGUUCAGAACAAAGUUGAUGAAUCAAAACAUGAAAUUCACUCUCAGGUUGAUGCUAUCACUGCAGGAACUGCCUCUGUUGUUAACCUCACAGCAGGUGACCCGGUUGACACUGAUUACACGGCUGUGGGAUGUGCAAUUACAACCAUCUCUUCUAACCUGACUGAGAUGUCCAGGGGUGUGAAACUGCUUGCUGCCCUAAUGGACGAUGAAGUUGGAAGUGGGGAGGACCUCCUGAAAGCUGCUCGGACUCUGGCAGGUGCUGUCUCGGACUUGCUGAAAGCGGUGCAGCCGACAUCAGGAGAGCCUCGCCAAACAGUUUUAACUGCAGCUGGAAGCAUUGGGCAAGCCAGUGGGGAGCUCCUGAGACAGAUAGGAGAGAAUGAAACUGAUGAAAGAUUUCAGGAUGUACUGAUGAGUCUUGCCAAAGCUGUUGCAAAUGCUGCUGCCAUGUUGGUGUUGAAGGCUAAGAAUGUGGCUCAAGCUGCUGAGGAUACAGUCCUGCAGAACAGGGUUAUUGCUGCUGCUACGCAAUGUGCACUAUCCACCUCUCAGCUUGUGGCAUGUGCCAAGGUUGUGAGCCCCACUAUCAGCUCUCCCGUAUGCCAGGAACAGCUGAUCGAGGCUGGAAAACUAGUGGAUCGUUCGGUGGAGAAUUGUGUCAGAGCCUGUCAGGCUGCCACAGAUGACUCUGAGCUGCUGAAGCAGGUCAGUGCAGCAGCCAGUGUAGUCAGCCAAGCCCUGAAUGACCUCUUGCAGCACGUCCGUCAGUUUGCAAGCCGGGGAGAGCCCAUUGGACGCUAUGACCAGGCAACGGAUACCAUUAUGUGUGUCACUGAAAGUAUCUUCAGUUCGAUGGGGGAUGCUGGUGAAAUGGUGCGGCAGGCCAGGGUACUUGCCCAAGCUACUUCGGAUCUUGUCAAUGCGAUGAGGUCAGAUGCUGAGGCUGAAAUUGACAUGGACAACUCUAAAAAGCUUCUAGCUGCAGCUAAACUUUUGGCAGAUUCUACAGCUCGCAUGGUUGAAGCAGCAAAGGGGGCUGCAGCAAAUCCUGAAAAUGAAGACCAACAGCGGCGACUGAGAGAAGCGGCAGAGGGACUGCGGGUUGCCACGAAUGCAGCUGCUCAGAAUGCCAUCAAGAAGAAAAUUGUCAACAGAUUAGAGUUUGCAGCUAAACAGGCAGCAGCUGCUGCCACUCAGACAAUUGCAGCCUCUCAGAAUGCGGCCAUUUCCAACAAGAACGCAGUAGCUCACCAGCAACUUGUCCAGAGCUGCAAGAAUGUUGCUGACCACAUUCCUCAGCUGGUUCAGGGUGUGAGGGGAAGCCAGGCUCAGGCAGAAGACCUCAGUGCUCAGCUUGCUCUGAUAAAUUCUAGCCAGAAUUUCCUUCAGCCUGGAAGUAAGAUGGUGGCAUCCGCCAAAGCUGCAGUACCUACUGUAAGUGACCAGGCCGCAGCAAUGCAGCUAAGUCAGUGUGCCAAGAACCUUGCAACGAGUUUAGCUGAGCUAAGAACUGCCUCCCAAAAGGCUCAUGAAGCAUGUGGCCCUAUGGAAAUUGACUCUGCUUUGAACACAGUCCAAACACUCAGAAAUGAACUGCAAGAUGCUAAGAUGGCCGCUGUAGAUGGACAGUUAAAACCACUCCCAGGAGAAACGCUGGAAAAGUGUGCACAGGACCUCGGAAGUACCUCUAAAGCUGUUGGUUCAUCAAUGGCCCAGCUGUUGACAUGUGCUGCUCAAGGCAAUGAGCACUACACAGGGGUUGCUGCCAGGGAGACAGCUCAAGCUCUGAAGACUUUGGCUCAGGCAGCAAGAGGCGUUUCAGCAUCCACCACUGACCCAAUGGCAGCACAUGCAAUGUUAGAUUCUGCAAGGGAUGUCAUGGAAGGCUCAGCUAUGCUUAUUCAGGAAGCAAAACAGGCUCUGGUUGCACCUGGGGAUGCAGAAAGUCAGCAGAGGUUAGCUCAGGUGGCCAAAGCUGUGUCUCACUCAUUAAAUAACUGUGUGAAUUGUCUGCCUGGACAAAAGGAUGUUGAUGUGGCCUUGAAGAGCAUUGGAGAAUCCAGCAAGAAACUGCUUGUUGAUUCGCUGCCUCCAAGUUCUAAAUCUUUCCAAGAAGCCCAAAGUGAAUUGAACCAGGCUGCAGCUGACCUGAACCAGUCGGCAGGGGAAGUGGUUCAUGCUACCCGGGGCCAAAGCGGAGAGUUGGCUGCAGCCUCUGGAAAGUUCAGUGAUGACUUCGAUGAGUUCCUUGAUGCUGGUAUUGAAAUGGCUGGUCAAGCACAAACUAAAGAGGACCAGAUUCAAGUAAUAGGGAACCUCAAGAAUAUUUCUAUGGCCUCCAGCAAGCUCCUAUUGGCUGCCAAGUCUCUCUCGGUUGACCCUGGAGCUCCUAAUGCCAAGAACCUCCUAGCUGCAGCUGCAAGAGCUGUGACGGAGAGUAUUAACCAGCUCAUCACUCUGUGUACCCAGCAAGCUCCAGGGCAGAAGGAAUGUGACAAUGCUCUCAGAGAACUGGAGACAGUUAAAGGAAUGCUGGAUAACCCCAAUGAACCUGUCAGCGAUCUCUCGUAUUUUGAUUGUAUUGAAGGUGUUAUGGAAAACUCCAAGGUCCUUGGAGAGUCAAUGGCAGGCAUUUCCCAGAAUGCCAAGACUGGGGAUCUGCUCGUCUUUGGAGAAUGUGUUGGAGUUGCUUCCAAGGCACUUUGUGGUCUCACAGAGGCUGCAGCCCAGGCCGCUUACCUGGUUGGCAUCUCAGAUCCCAACAGUCAGGCUGGUCACCAGGGGCUUGUCGAUCCUAUCCAGUUUGCCAGGGCCAAUCAGGCAAUCCAGAUGGCGUGUCAGAAUCUGGUGGAUCCAGCGAGUAGCCCAUCACAGGUUUUAUCAGCUGCCACAAUAGUGGCCAAGCAUACUUCUGCUUUGUGUAACGCUUGUCGUAUUGCUUCAUCGAAGACAGCCAACCCCAUUGCCAAGAGACAUUUUGUGCAGUCUGCUAAGGAGGUCGCAAACAGCACCGCCAAUCUGGUGAAAACUAUCAAGGCCCUGGAUGGUGAUUUCUCUGAUGAUAACCGCAAUAAGUGUAGAAUUGCGACUGCACCUUUGAUUGAAGCUGUGGAAAAUCUGACAGCAUUUGCUUCCAAUCCAGAGUUUGUCAGUAUACCAGCCCAGAUCAGCAUGGAGGGAUCUCGAGCACAGGAGCCAAUUCUGAUUUCCGCCAAGACGAUGUUGGAGAGCUCAGCUUUAUUGAUCAAAACUGCUCGUUCGCUGGCUAUCAAUCCAAAAGACCCACCUACUUGGUCUGUACUUGCUGGGCAUUCGCACACGGUUUCAGAUUCAAUUAAGAGUCUGAUCACUUCCAUUAGGGACAAAGCCCCUGGCCAGAGAGAGUGUGAUUACUCCAUUGAUGGAAUCAAUAGAUGUAUUAGAGAUAUUGAGCAAGCUUCCCUUGCAGCAGUCAGUCAGAACUUGGCCACAAGGGAUGACAUCUCAGUUGAGGCUUUACAGGAGCAGUUGACAUCAGUUGUUCAGGAAAUUGGGCACCUUAUUGAUCCCAUAGCAACAGCAGCUCGGGGAGAGGCAGCUCAGCUGGGACACAAGGUUACGCAACUGGCAAGUUACUUUGAACCCCUGAUUUUAGCUGCAGUUGGUGUGGCAUCCAAGAUGCUAGAUCAUCAGCAACAGAUGACUGUCCUGGACCAGACAAAGACACUAGCAGAAUCUGCCCUCCAGAUGCUGUAUGCAGCCAAAGAAGGAGGAGGAAAUCCCAAG